UGCGUCCUCUACCACUUGCCUCUUGCACGCCCUCUCCUCCUCCCGCCGCCGCCGCAAAAGCCCCGGGCCGGGCCGACACGCCGACGCCGCCGUCUCCUCUCCUCCUUCCCCUUGGCGCGGCUCCGUUGUUGUUGUCGCGGGCAGGCGAUCCGGGCGGGGUUCUAGCGCGCGGAGGAGGGGCGCAGGGAAGGAGAUGGCAUCGGAGGACGUGGUGGGGAAGAGCAGGGGCGACACGGCCGUCAACACCAUCGUCAACCUGGCGGAGGAGGCCAAGCUCGCGCGGGAGGGGGUCAAGGGCCCCGGCCACCAGGUCCUCACCAUCUGCAAGUCGCUCUUCGCCGGCGGCGUCGCCGGUGGCCUGUCGCGUACCGCUGUUGCUCCGCUUGAACGACUGAAGAUCCUGCUUCAGGUCCAAAAUCCACAUAGUAUCAAGUACAAUGGUACUGUUCAAGGGCUUAAGUACAUAUGGGGUACCGAAGGUUUUCGUGGACUUUUUAAGGGCAAUGGAACAAACUGUGCAAGGAUUGUCCCGAAUUCUGCUGUGAAGUUCUUCAGCUAUGAACAGGCAUCAAGGGGUAUAUUGUAUCUAUACCGGCAACAAAGUGGGGAUGAGGAUGCUCAGCUUAGUCCAGUCUUGCGCCUUGGAGCUGGAGCCACUGCUGGUAUCAUAGCCAUGUCUGCUACUUAUCCCAUGGAUAUGGUUAGGGGUAGGAUAACUGUUCAGACAGAGCAGUCUCCCUAUCAGUACCGUGGUAUGUUUCAUGCAUUGGGCACGGUGUACCGUGAAGAAGGCUUCCGUGCUUUAUACAGAGGGUGGCUUCCAUCAGUGAUUGGAGUUGUCCCUUAUGUUGGCCUCAACUUCGCUGUAUAUGAGUCUCUGAAGGACUGGCUUCUCCAGACAAAUACUCUUGGACUUGCAAAGGAUAACGAGUUGCAUAUCGUAACAAGGCUUGGAUGUGGAGCUGUGGCUGGAACCAUAGGCCAGACUGUUGCAUACCCUCUUGAUGUUGUCAGGAGAAGAAUGCAGAUGGUUGGUUGGAAUCAUGCUGCUUCUAUUGUUACUGGAGAAGGCAAGGAGGCACUCCAGUACAAUGGUAUGAUCGAUGCAUUCAGGAAAACUGUUCGCCAUGAAGGAUUUGGUGCUUUGUACAAGGGUCUUGUGCCGAAUUCAGUGAAGGUGGUGCCAUCUAUCGCCAUUGCAUUCGUGACGUACGAGGCUGUGAAGGAUGUUCUAGGAGUAGAGAUGAGGAUAGACUGAAGGAUUGGGCUUAGUCUUGGCCGUUAUCAACUUCUAUUUUUGUAGGUGUUGAGUCGUUUUUGUUAGGCAGGGCGAGUAGAAGGACAAUAGGACUGAGGCUCCAUUCAGCAUAAGGCCCUCUCAGCCCAUGUCGAUAUAUCCUACUACCGCUUCCAGAUCUUAAUUGUUGCUGCACUCUUGGGGGGAAAUAAUAAGGUGGCUGUAAAGCAUUAAGCAUUUGCCUAACUCAUAAAGUCUUAUUCAGUAAGCAUUUAUGAUGUAUUGAGAUUGAAACAUAAUCAGCAUAUGCUGUGUGCUGCUAAUAGUUCAUUUUCGUGAUUUUCCUAUCC